AUGGCUCGUACUAAGCAAACCGCACGUAAAAGCACGGGUGGCAAGGCUCCUCGCAAGCAGCUGGCCACAAAGGCCGCCCGUAAGAGCGCUCCCGCUACUGGUGGCGUUAAGAAGCCGCAUCGCUACAGGCCCGGUACCGUGGCUCUCCGUGAAAUCCGUCGCUACCAAAAGAGCACUGAGCUUCUCAUCCGCAAAAUGCCCUUCCAGCGUCUUGUACGUGAGAUCGCCCAGGACUUCAAGACUGAUCUGCGUUUUCAGAGCACUGCCGUGUCUGCAUUGCAAGAAGCCUCAGAAGCCUACCUGGUUGGUCUCUUUGAAGACACCAACUUGUGCGCAAUUCACGCUAAGCGUGUGACUAUCAUGCCGAAGGAUAUUCAGCUCGCUCGCCGCAUCCGUGGUGAGAGAGCUUAA